CUAUCAAUUGGGAGAUAAAGGUGGGUCUAAUCCAUACAACACAUCAAACUUUGGCUCAGGAGGGCCAUGUGGGGCUUCAAGCGUGUCUGCUUUUGGAACUUCAAGCAUGCCUGGAUUUGGAUCUUCAAGCAGGCCUCCUUUUGAGGCUUCUAGCACCCUAGCAUUUGGCUUUUGUUCCACUCCAUUAUUUGGCCAACCCACUUCGACAUUUGAUGUCAAUGCAGUUGGAGCUAAUCCAUUUCCCUAUGGGACACAGAGUUCCCAUUUUGGACCUCAGAUUACAGCAUCAACAUUUGGAAGCAUGGGCUUUGGAAAGCUAGCUUCUAGUGAUCCAUCUGGAGGAAGUAGAAUAGCAGCUUAUGCUGCAACAGCUGAAGUAGAUGGAACUAAUUUUGAACAACCUGCUGGAAAGCUGAAGUCAAUAUCUGCUGUACCUGUCUACAGAAACAAAAGCCAUGAAGAAUUGAGGUGGGAGGACUAUCAAUUGGGAGAUAAAGGUGGGUCUAAUCAAUUCUGCACGCCAAACCUUGGUUCAGGAGGGCCAUAUGGGGCUUCAACUGUGUCUGCUUUUGGAUCUUCAAGCAUGCUUGCUUUUGGGCUUUCUAGCACCCCAGCAUUGAGAUUUGGUUCCACCCCAUCCUUUGGCCAAUCAAGCAAUGCAUUUGUUGGCAGCUCAGUUGGAACUAAUCCAUCUUCUUAUGGAACACAGAGUUCCCAUUUUGGACCUUAGACUACAGAAUCAACAUUUGGAAGCACAGGGUUUGUAAAGCCAGCUUUUAUUGAUCAACAUGGAGCAAGUAGAAUAGCACCUUAUGCUGCAACAGCUGAAGUAGAUGGACCUAGUUGUAACCAACCUGCUGGAAGGUUGCAAUCAAUAUCCGCCUUACCCACCUACAGAGACAAAAGCCAUGAAGAAUUGAGGUGGGUGGACUAUCAGUUGGGAGAUAGAGGUUCAGUCUUGCUAGUCAAUCUGUGGGUAGGAUUGGCUUUGGAGGUUCCAUGACAAAGUCAAGCCUCUUGGGUCCUUCACCUACAUUCAGUCUGUCAGCUAUAAAUCCUUUCUCCAGCUCAACAUUUUCCAAUCCCCCAAAGACACCUGCUUUUGCUGCUUCAGGGUUUGGACCAUCAUUAAUUCUGCCAUUCAGUUCAUCACCUUUUAAUGCAUCAUACACCACAAACCCUUUUUGGACAGUAUUAUCCUCAUCAGCCAUACCUUAUGUAUUUGAAGCUAUAUCAACCCCUACAUUUGAAACCAGUACUUCUCCACCACUUGUUGGUGCAUUGAGUUCAUCAGCAUUCAGGCCAUCAUCUUGUAUCUUUAGUCAUGCUUCAGCUCCAGGAGUGACUCCAACAUUUACCUCUGGCUUGAGUUAUUCUAGCACCCAACCAUCCUCAUUGUUUCUGUCUGCACCAUUGCUUGGGCAGACAAAUGCUACCUUAGGACAAACUGCUUCCACACUUAGGCAGGGAACUGCCCCUUGGGUCAAUCAAAUAUAUUGGGCAUAAGAUCAACUGUAU